AUGGAGACGAUGCCUCUCAAGAUCUUUCCUAGGAGGAAGCAGGGUCAGACCACCAGGGCGCCUGACGUCAGCCUGACAUAUGAACGAGUAUCCUCCUUCUUUCACAUGCGACUAGAAGAUGCUGCGCAUGAGCUGGUGAGAGCAAUGCUCAUUCAGUAUGAUAAAUUCUUUGAUCUCACGCAGACAUUGCAGGGAAUCUCUUUGACUGCCUUAAGAAGCGCAUGCCGGCGGCUAGGAAUCGAGCGAUGGCCAUACAGCAGGAGUGGAAGAGAGGCAGAGGAAGCAAACAUCACCCUGGAAGACAACACAGUCAGCAUCGACACAGAGCGUGGAGAUGGUGCAACAGAAGUGAAUAUUGCUGAGGGGGAGUCUCACGAGGACAUUGAAAUGGAGGAGCAGCAAAAUCCAGACUAUGAGGUUCAUCCUCGGAGUCCAACUGCCUCUUUUGUAGAGUGGUACGUGAACAUACCUCUUGACUCUGAAGAAGUCUAG